AUGUACGGAAGAAGAAUGGGAGGAUAUGGUGGUGGAUACGGUGGUGGAUAUGGUGGAUAUAGUGGAUACUCAAGAUAUGGAGCUUCAAGUUAUGCUUCAAGACAAUCUAAUUCAAGAUAUGCUUCUGGCUCUUCGACUAGUAGAAAUUAUCAAUCAAGUUCUACUAAUAGUAAUAGUAGAUACGCCGCUACCAAUUCAAAUAGUACAAAUUCAAGAUAUAACAAUAGCAAUUCAAAUAAUUCAAAUUCAAGAUAUAAUAAUAAUAACAAUUCAAGCUAUAAUAAUAAUCUGAAUUCAAAUCCAUCAAGUAAUAAUUACAACAAUAGGAAUGGUAAUAAUAACUAUAACUACAAUAAUAAUAACAGUAAUUCAAAUACCAGAAAUCAAGCACAAAGAAAUAGACCAGUCAGAGUCAGAAGGCGAUUUAGUCCAAUGAGGUUUGCCAUGUUUUUCAUGUUUUGGAAAACCGCAACUAGACCAAGAGUCGUGGUACAACAGGCACCUCCACAGGAACCUGUUCAUCAUCAUCAUCAAACAGUUCAUGUUCAUAAUCCUCCACAACAGGAAGAACAACAACAACAACAACGUGGUGCUCCAACCCAGACUGGUGGAAAACAUGAUCAUCAUGAUUUACCUCCGCCUGCUUAUCAUGAUGUAGUUCAACAACAAGCUUAG